CCUGUCAAGCCCACAUAUUUUCAUGAUAAAUAGGUACUUGUAUAAGACUUUGCUCAACUUAUAUGGUAAAUUAUAGAUGGUAUAUGGUAGAUGGUAAAUGAUAAAUGGUUGAUGAUAGAAGCACCUCACAACUAUCCACAACGCCAAGUCCAACCAGCAUGGGUUGAUGUAGCAAGAAGCUGCCGCGCAAGGCUCGUAUCAACUUACCCUUGAAAAAACAAAAAACAAAAAAAACAAAAAAUGAGUGGCAGGUAGUUUUACUUAUUCUAAAGGCUGACGAAUUUUCACCUUAGUAUUGGAGAAUCGCGAUGUGAAGCUGCUGUACGUUAGGUACCUAACCUUGGGUAAAGAAAAGCAUGUGGGGGAAGACGAAAGGGCGAAAGUGAAAGACAACUGACAAGUCAGCUAUCUCUUUGGACGCUUUGACCAGCUGGAAAUGCACGUGCAUACAAGAUAAGAUAAGCACCGAUUAUUCUUAUCUUAUCAUUCAGUAGUAUCAACGAUGCAUCAGUAAGAAAUUUUGGAGCAUUUUCCCAAUAUGCUGGAUUAUCUCUAGUGAAACAAGAAGCGAACGAACAAGCAUUGAAUCUCAGCGCGCAUCAGCUAUACCUCGUAAGCUGGCGAACCAUUCCAUACGACAUAUAUCAUAUAAUCGAAUAGGUCAAAAUACCAUACCACAUCUGAUAUAGCCAUGGGUCGUGACCUCCAGAAGCGCAAGAGGCGCUCUUCUCGCCCCGCCAUCCGCCAGCCUUCAUCGACGUUAAGAUCGAAGCGUCUCUUAAACCCUCUAGGGAAUGAUUUGGUGGCUAAGAACUGGAAUAAGAAAGAGACCGCAACGCAGAACUACCGCCGUCUCGGUCUCGUGUCCCGCCUGAAAGCGCCAACCGGCGGCGUAGAACCCAAUCUGGCGUCGAAGAAACUACAAGGGCGAGCCACGAAGCCCGUAGACCCCUUCGCUAUUAGUCAGCCCACCCGCCCUGUUAUUAGCGAGGUGCGCGUGGAGCGGGACGAGAACGGCAAGAUUAUACGCGUACUCGGUGGUUCGAAGCGGAAGGACAAUCCCCUAAACGAUCCUCUCAACGACCUCGACUCCGACUCGGAGGAUGACGAGGACGAAGAUGAGGAAGAAGGAGGCGAAGAGUGGGGUGGAAUCGAGGACGCGAAUGGAGAGGAUGGUAUGAUCGUUGCGCAGCUCGAAGAAGAAGCCAACAGGCCUAUAGUCAAGAAGCCACGGACCCUAACCAAAAGGGAGACUGAGUGGUUACAGAGCCUCGUGGACAAACAUGGAGAUGAUACGAAGGCUAUGUCGAGAGAUCGCAAGUUAAAUCCGAUGCAGCAGACAGAGGCGGACAUCGCUAGGAGGAUUAAGAAAUGGAGGGGUUCCUCGGCUUAAAAAAAGGGGGGGCGAAAGGACUCUGACCCGGUGGAUGGAGUUUUCUGCAUUGCAAGGCGUUAUGGAUCUUAGUAUUUUGACUGGCUAAGAAGCCAGCUCUCGGUAUAUACUUGUAAAAAAAGCAUAGGCUACUUUGCCGUCAUUCACAUCUAUAUACUUGGGCAUACGUAUAACAGGUACCUAUCAACCGAAACAACAGAGUGAA